AUGGAGUCCCAUCCUCGAGGCCCUUCGCCGACGCAAAGCGAAUACCAGGAUGCAAUCGGGUUCUACCGGAAAGUACGCGACGAAAACACACUUCACGAAGCCCAUGAGAUCGGUGGUCGACCCUUCGUUGUCGUUCAGAAAGUUACAGAAACACUGCGGAGUACGCGAUCCGAACAUCAUAACGAACAUGGUCAGAUUUCGAGGUUGCUCGAGGCCGCUUACAGACGCCACGAGCACAAACCCCCCUUCAACGAGCCUGGGCAGGUCGUCGCUUGCGCGCCCAUAUUCUACACGUUGUUGGACAUAGACCACGGCAAUGAGAUACACACAUUUGUCGAGGAGAGCAUUGACAAGCUUCCAGUGGAGCGUGCCAGGUUGAAUACCCUCUUCCCCAAGGACAAAUAUGAUGAUCUCGCGGCAAGAUUCCAUGAGCAACAGUGGCGGUGGUGCGCGAUGCAAUUCGAGUGGAAGAUGAGCCAUAGGGUUCACGUACACGAGCAGAUCGUGCCGAUCGUCGCACGCAAACAGAUUGAGCCGGCGAGAGAUACGCUUCCAAAGACGGACCGCAAGGCAGCAUUGUGGGUGGUCGAAGUACCAGCAUGUUUUGUGGGCCCACGGCUUGGAGAGUGGCUUCGGGAGAAUAACGAUGAGAGCGAUGACGGGAAACAACAGCAGGCGCAGCCUCCUUGCGUAAGUUACGCGCCCCGCCUCCCUCUUGCGUGUGAUGUGACCCAGGGGCUGACUUUGGACCCGAAGCGCCAUCGCUUCGUAGUCAAACAGUUCAGCGAGAAGAGACGCGAUGAAUUUGAUCGGGAAAAGGAAAUCUUCAUCACAAUUGGCGACUCCCAUAACAUCAUCCAAUACCUCGGAUGGUAUAUGCAUUGCGAGAAGGAUCCCGACUCGGGCGCCAUCCUUAACUUCUACAACAUCGUCCUCGAGCUCGGAGAUCAGGACCUUUACAGUGCUUUCCAGAAGGAGAACCCUCCAUUAACAUUUCCCGAGAUCGAAGCAUUCUGGCAGUCCAUGUUCAACGUCGCGGACGCCCUGGCUUCCAUCCAUGUGAUGGACCAUGAUCUAUACCCCACCACAUAUGUGUGGCAUGGUGACAUCAAGCCGGAGAACAUACUCGACGUCCGCGGCAAGUUCGUGCUGGCAGAUCCAGGUGAGGCGCAAGUGUUUCACGCUCCCAAGGGGCAGAUCGGACUGCGCCGCACGGUGCCUGGAGGGACGCGAAGCUUUGCGGCUCCGGAGAAGCUCACAUAUUCGCCUGAUCGUCCGACCGAGCCUGAGGUCACACAGGGUAGUGACAUCUGGUCUCUCGGCUGUGUCUUCUCUGUUGCCGCUACAUAUGUCGUGCUGGGAAAAGAGGGCGUGAAGCAGUAUCGACUCCUUCGGCAGAAGGCCAUCGAGAAUCUAGGCUUCGGAAUUGGCGACCCUUUCCACGACAAAGAGAAGGUCCUAUCUGUAGUGACAGAUUGGCACCAAUAUCUCAGAGCAACCGUGCGAAAGUAUGACUGCUUCACCGCCAAGGUCCUGGAUAUCGUUGAUGGUCACAUGUUGAUAGUGCCGGGAGAGGACAGAAUCACGGGCGCCGCACUUCGCGGCGAGCUCCAGGCUAUCGAUGACGAUACAGUCCAGCCGGCGACAGCCUUUCCCAUGGACAUUGCCGAGUUCAUUGACCAAGUCACACGGCGCAAUGAAGGGGGUGAAUCCGCUUUGGAAGACGUCCCUCGGACUUUAUCCCAGAGUGGCACAGAGCUGUUUACCGAGAGACUGCUCUACCCCUCUAGACGCUCUGAAGGACGACCCAUCAGCCGCCAAACACGAACCGAAGACAACUUUCUAGGCAUAGACUCGGGCCGCGAUCCGGGACCAUCCAUGACAAUCCCAGAGAGAGUGUCCGGGUUCUUCACUCCGCAACAACGUGCCAUGCGUGCCAUGCUAGAUUCACUUCCACUGAUCACGACUGCGCGGAAUCCGUUACCAGAAGUUCCAGAACUCAGAUAUGAACACCUGGAGGACCCUCCAAUCACCUUCUGGGAAGUAGAGUCCGUCUAUGGAAAGAGCUUGGGUGGGAAGGAAGACGAGCUGGAGAAACAUUUCAAGAACCGUGACCUCCUUUUCCUCGUCGACAACGCAUCCUCGAUGAGGAGCUUCUGGAACCACGCAUCCUACCUUCUCCGCAUCCUCGUCUGGCGCUCAUUGGGAUACGACGAUAACGGUAUGGAGCUCAGGUUCACGACUGGACCGGAAGAGUUGAAACUCGCGCCGAAAAAGGGUCAGAAGAUCCGCGACUUCGAGAAAAAACUGGCAAAGGCCAAUCCAACUCAAGUAAAGUCCGACGAGAAAACAGACAUGAGCGCCAGCUUGAGCCUUAUCCUCGAGGAUCACAUCAGGCAGAACAGCGACGGAUCGAAGAUGAAGAGGCACCUCACUAUCCUCGUCUUGACUGAUGGUCUCUGGGAGCGAAACGACGAGUUCGACGUCGACGGCUACCUCGUGAACUUUAUCAAGAAGAUCCCCGAAGUGGACUGGAAUCUAGAUGGGCUGCAGAGAGCCGAUUCUAAGGGUGAGCGCCAGGCAUCGCGGGCGCGACCCAUCAGCAUCCAAUUCAUCCGUUUCGGCCACCACCCCAAGGCCAUCGCUCGACUCGAUCGGCUGGACAACCAGCUGAAAGACAGGCCCGAACUCGUUGGCAAAUCCAUUCCCGACGUGAUUGACACGGAAAGCGCAGAUGGAGACGUGUACAAGAUGUUCCUGGGUAGCUUUCUCGACGACUUCGACAACAAGACUAUCCGGGGGGCCGCUGUGGUCAGUAACACCAGCGGCCCCAGCGCCGCGUCGCCCAACAACGAGUACGCAAUGGGAACCACGACAUUCCAACCCGGACACACGCCAACAACGACGACUUCAUCCGGGCUUCGAGAUACAUACGGACAUUCAACGCCUUCAGGGGGCCCGUCCAGUCGCGCGCAGACUCAUUCCCUGCCCCUGAACACGAGAGUGCCCCGAACGCCUGCGGAAUCCGAGCUCGACGAAUGUGGCUGGACGACCAACGGACACCACCACCGUCACGGCUCCAGCGAGUCGGCGCAGAACUCCCGCCUCAGCGGCGGUCUUGGAUCGCCGAUGAGACCGCGGGGGGCAUCUUACGGGCAAGAGGGACUGCUGUCGACUCCCCCGUCGCAGUCUCGGCCAUUUGGGCAGUUCGGGUAG